UCUCAUUCUGCAACAGUUCUUACCGAACACAAUUCAAAGUCACAAAAUCAUUGGAAAAGUAAAUUGCAAUUUGAAAAAAUGCGUUUCUUAGUUACUUGCGUACUUUUGGCAUUGGUCCUUUGCACCGCUGUGGAGUGCCAUGAAAACAUUUUUAAGCGCCUGGGCGAAGAUAUUAAACAUGCAGCCGAAAAAUUUGCCCAUGAUGUGAAACAUGGUUUCCACGACUUUGGAGAUGAUGUGAAACAUGUUGCCGAUGAAUUCGGCCACGAUGUAAAGGAUGCCGCCGAUGACACCGGUGAUGCUUUAAAGAAAUUUGGCCGUGAUGUUGAUAAAGUUGUAAAAGAUUUCCGCCAUGAUGUUGAAAUUGCCUGGAUCAAGGCCAAACCAUAUCUUAAGGAGGCUAUUAUCAUUAUUGAUGGUGUUACCAAGCGGUUGGCUGAGGUCGCUGAAAUUGCUGAAUUAUUUGAAAUGUUGAGCUUGGCUGAAUAAAUGUAU